UGUGCAGCCUAUCAGAUUCCAAGAUGCAUACGCAUCUAAAUGAAAAUAACGCGCAUGCUUUCGCUAAUCCUCGUCUGUCCUUUUUAUCUGCUGGACUCGUAGCAGUCACAUCAUUAUGGGAGAUCGGAGCAGAGGGACGAUGACAUGCUGGUUAUUUUUUCCAUAAUUGCAAGUGGAUGGUUCUUCAUUAAAACUACGUUCCGCGGUGUUUUGUUAACACUAGUGGCAAAAUGUCUCUUACUGUCUUUUUGGGUCUCCUACUGGCAUCUGGUGGCUUUCCACUUGUUCGGAGCACCUGUCCUUCCCAGUGCAGCUGCUUUUAUCAUAACCUGAGUGAUGGUUCCAGAGCCAGGAGCGUGAUUUGCAACGAUCCAGAGAUUUCCCUGGUGCCCGCCACGUUCCCAGAGGACACCUCGAAACUUCGGAUUGAAAAGACUGCCAUAAAGAGGAUCCCGAGCGAGGCUUUUAGCUACCUCUCUAAUUUAGAAUUCCUUUGGAUGUCUUUUAACGUUUUAUCCUCUCUCAACUCGGACAGUUUCCGUGGCUUGUACAGUUUAGAGGAACUAAGGUUAGACGGAAAUUCGCUCACUUCUUUUCCGUGGGAAUCCCUCAUGGACAUGCCCAGUCUGAGGCUACUCGAUAUACACAACAACCAGCUGUCCUCAGUACCCUCUGAGGCUGCUCUCUAUAUGAAAAAUUUAACCUACCUGGAUCUAUCCAGUAAUAAUCUGCUGACAGUGCCACCUGAGGUGCUCAACACUUGGUUGACGGUCAAACCCGUCCAGGGAGUAGAAAGUUCAAAAAUGAUUCUUGGUCUCCAUGACAACCCAUGGUUGUGUGAUUGUCGUUUAUACGACCUGGUCCAGUUCCAGAAGUCUCCCACUCAGUCAGUGGCCUUCAUUGACACAAGGCUCAGGUGCGCUGAUCCAGAGAGCCUCUCUGGAGUUCUAUUUAGUGAUGCCGAGCUCAGACGGUGCCAGGGCCCUCGUGUCCACACAGCUGUAGCCCGUGUGAGGAGCGCAGUGGGCAACAAUGUCUUGUUGAGAUGCGGAACCAUUGGUGUUCCCAUCCCUGAGCUGGCCUGGAGAAGGGCAGAUAGAAAACCACUGAAUGGGACAGUUCAACUGGAGAAUUCAAAGGAGGGAAUAGUGUGGUCUAUUUUAAGCGUGCCUGCCGUGUCCUAUCGUGACACGGGAAAGUACAUCUGCAAAGCCACAAAUUAUGCAGGGAGUGCAGAGGCCGUCAUUUCUUUGAUCAUAAGCGAUGGACCCAAAGCAGAGAAUCCAACUGUGGAUCCAAAAACCAAAGUGAAGUCUAAGAAGCCAAACCCUAUAGUCAAGGCAGCCUAUCAAGAAAAACACAUUGUCACAUAUGUUUCCCCAACACCCAACAAUGUGCUACCACUUGGUGCCACAGUUAGCUACACAGGCCCGUAUCCAGGUAUGCAGAGCGACAAUGCUGCUAACAGUCGGACAAAUACCCAAACAGCCAGUCCCGACGGGUUCCUGGAGACCAAUCUGAGCAACCUGGCUGCAAACACGUCCUCACUUCAGCAAGACCCUGACAGGGUUGUGCGCUCUGUGAAAGUGAUUGGCGAUACGGAUUACACUGUGUGUCUGAACUGGAGGGCACCGACUGCAAAGAACACAACCGCUUUUAGCGUCCUCUACGCUGUGUUUGGGGAGAGGGAUAUGCGCAGAAUUAACGUCAGUCCAGGUAACAACCGGAUCCUCAUCGAGGGACUGGUUCCAAAAACCAAAUACAUCGCCUGUGUGUGCGUCAAGGGGCUGAUCCCCAAAAAGGAGCAGUGUGUAAUCUUCUCAACAGAUGCAGCUGCUAGCGCUAAUGGAACCCAAAAGCUCAUUAAUGUAGUAGUAAUCACGGUUGCCUGUGUGAUAGCUGUGCCUCUGACUGUGAUAGUGUGCUGCGGGGCACUUAAGAGGAAAAUCAAGAAGUUUCUGGGCAAAAAGUCCAAAGAUAUUCAAGACUCAUAUGUGACGUUUGAAACUCUGUCUCCCAGUACCAAGGCUAAAGGCUUGGAGGGGGAAUAUCUCACCAGACUGAACGCAGAGGAGUCCAACAGACUGCUGUCGGCCAGGUCCAGCCUAGACUCUGAGUCCACCGCCAAAAUUGAGGGACAGCCGAAUGAAUACUUCUGCUGACAAUAUCCCUCAGCCACAAUUCCGCCACGCAGCCUCCAGAGUAUCCAGGCCCAGCCGCAGUACCUGAGUGCACACAAUCUGUACCAGCAGUACAUGACUGGCCGUCCGUGAAGAAGAUUCAGGAUACUUUGCAUAAGUAACAAAGUGCACAAGUGAGGAUCUUUAUGUUGUCUUGGUAAUGUUGCUCUUUGUUACUGUGCUUUUGGAUUGGUUAGAAACUAACCAUUUGGCUGGUGGUGGGGUUGUGGCUGAGCAAUCCCAGGAACAUGUUUUCAUGGACUUUUAACCCUUUAGAUAGUGCUGGAAUGAACUGAUUCAAAGGGAAAUGUUCAUAUGAAUUCUUGUAUAUUUAUGUAUAUGGGGAAAAAAUCUAUUUAUAUGUGAUAUAUAUAGUAAUAAGGAAUUGGGGAUUCAUUUCCAUUUUUGCAGUGAUGCCAUAGAAGAAUAAUUUUUGGUUCUCUUAAGAAUAUUACAGUGAACAGUUCUUUUUUAAAAACUUUUUUUUUCUUGUGUACAACAUUUUAAAAAUAUAAAGAACCUUUUCCACUAUAAAGAUCCUUUUGUGGAAUAGAAAGGUUCCAUAGAUGUUAAAGGUUCUUCAUGGAACCAUUUAUUCAAAUAAAGAACCUUUAUUUAUUAUUUAGGCCCCUUUUACACUAGUGCGUUUUUGUUUUAAAACGGCGUUUUAAAAUGAAAACGAUCCUCAUCUACACUGGCGUUUCCACAGCGUUUCAGAAACGAUCUUCGUCUACACUACACGGCCGAAAAUUCAUGUCACAUGACCGUUCAUGCACACUGGGCAUGCGCGUACAAGUGUAAACAAUUGCUUCUUGCGCACGUAGGAUGCUGCAGUAUUAAAAAAAUGCAGAGUUUAUCUGCACAAUGGCUGCUAAAAAUUACAACAAAGCCAGCAAAGAUUGCAUUCCAGUCGUCCAUGUUAUUGUUUACACGGUCGUCAAGGAUACGCAAAGCGAAUGUGGGCAGCCACGCCAUCGUUUUCAAAAGUCUCCGUUUUGGUCUGUUUAUACUGAAACGCAACCCCGGCGUUUUCAAACUAAAACGGGCUCUGGGUACGAAAACACCGGCGUAGUGUAAACGACAGGUGUAACCGCAGCAAAAGUUACGCGUUUUAAAAUGAAAACGCACUAGUGUAAACGGGGCCUUGGAGUGUAGUUACUUUUCUAACAGAAUGAAGAGUCUAGUGUAACACAUGCAAAAUCAUAAAAAUCAUUUGGGAUUUUCAUAUGCUCCAACAUAGUCAUCAUUGUGUAUGUGAUAUUACUUCUGUUUAAAUGUAAAACUUGUGCUACCUGAACCAUUCAGAACUUUUUUUUUUGUCCCAGG